AUGUCAUCUUCUGAUGCAGGGAGCGAACCGUUUGCAGAGGAAACUCCUCCCGGACUUACAGAAGAAGAGAGAGGGGUUUACCAAACACUCUAUCAAGUACGGGAAGACCGCAAAAACCUGCGCAGUCCUAAGCAUGUUCCAAGAGUCGUGGUCAUCACCGACAUUGCAAAAGACUAUGAUGAUCUCGUAGCUAUGAUUCUACUGAAGGAGCUACAUCGUCUAGGGUUGAUCAAGUAAGUCAAGCUUCACCUAUUCAACCUCUUACUCCAACACACUUCUAACUCAUUUCUUGAAAUCAGACUUCUGGGCUUCGUUGUAAACCUCCAGCCAACGCAAACUCGAUCAAAAUAUGCGAGAGGAGCUUUGGAUACUUUAGGCCUCCUUGAUAUGCCCGUCGCCUGGGGCGAAAAGGCCACGGAUGCCAAUGAUGUGGCGCCAUACGAGUUUGAGAGCGAGUUCGGCUCGGAUCAUUGCACGUUUUUGCCGCUCGACGAACAGAAAACCUCCAAGGAUCCAGAUGUGAUCGAGUCCGGGAUCAAAUUCAUGGAGAAGAUUGUCAGUGACAGCACCUUCAAUGAUAUUACCUUUCUCUUGAUCUCCUCCCUCUCGGAUAUGGCAACGCUCGUGCAAAGAACCCAAGCUAGAUAUCGCAUGAGGCAAAGCGAUUCCGACAGCGACGGCGAGAACGAAUCCGAGUUGCUCACAGAACUCAUGGAGAACCCAUCGACAAGACUGAACCUCCAAACGCUGGAUAAGAUGAAGGGUAGAAAGCAGGGAACAUUAGCAAAAUACAUCCGAAGAGUGGUUCUACAAGGAGGCUUCACCUCAACGUUUGAUCCUGAUACGCAGGAGUACAAUGUAGAAAACGACCAGAGCGCCAAUAACAAAACCGACUCCGCUUCAGCCCAGUUCGUUCACAAGUUUCUAGCAGUUAAUGAUGUUCCCGCGAUUGUGUACAACAAGUGGGCCGCCUCAGCUUGCGGCUUCCCACAGAAGCUGUUUGCAGACCUGAGAGAUACAGGACAUAUCCUUGAUCACCAUCUCUACGAAAGACAAGAGGUACAAGAUCUCAAGUACUACGAGGACGCACGACUCCCCGAGACCCGCUUUCAAGGGAAGACGCAAGAGGACUUUUUGAAAACCAAGACGAAUUGGUACGAGCUUCAUCCAGAGGGGGAUGUUACCCCCAUACCAGUCGAAAAAGAGGUGCUCCAGUAUGUGAAAAUUAUCCUCUAUGAUGUCCUUGCGGCUUUGGAUACUGCUGGUAAGGAUGUCAGAGACGCUUUAGAAGUCUUGGAACCUGCAACAGGUCGUGGGAAGAAUGGGAACCACCUCGGUUGGGAUGGUGCCGUUGGACCAUCCGAAGACUACCCCAUUGAAUUUCAUUGGUAUUGGCAACUUCGUGUUCAUAACCAUGAGGUUGUGGGUGGUCCUCAAGAAGACCUCAGUUUGGAUGCGAGUGCUAAUGUGCCGAAGAUGCAAUUGGCUAUCUGCGCACUCUUGAAGGGGGCUUUAACUAAUGCUGUUGCAGAAGGUCAUGGGCUAGUGGAGGAUUACAAGGAUUGA